AUGCCAGGAGGAGAUGAACCAGUUUUCGGAGGUAGGGAGGCGUUUGCAGGUGCAGGCAAGGGAGGGAAUGGUGGUGCUGCUGGGCGAGCGAUCGGAGGUAGGGGAGGGAAUGGUGUUGGGUCCAGGGGACCUGCAGCCGUGGGUGCAGGCGUAGGAGGACAGUACCAGUUCCAAGUAGGAGGUGGCGGAGCCAGGCCAGCUGCAGGCGGAGGAGCAGCCAGACGACAGUUCCCGGUGGGCGGGUACGGUGGCGGAGCCAGGCCAGUGGCAGGCGGAGGAGGGUUUGUAGGUGCGGGCGGAGGACAGUUCCCGGUGGGAGGGAGCGGUGGUGGACGCAUGGGAGCUGCAGCCGUGAGAGCGUUCGCAGGUGCCCUCGGAGGACCGAUCCCAGCAGGAUUGUUGUACGGUGGUGGAGUCCAGGGAGCUGGAGCCGUGGGAGAGUUUGGAGCGGCUAGGGGAGGAGGGUUCAGAAGGAACGCCGAUGAUAUUCUGCCCGCUGUGUUCUACCGAGGAAUUAUGCGAGGCUCAGGCGUCGAAUUCACAAUCACAAACAAGGUUUGCUCAUCAUUCCCUACCUUCCUUUGA